ACUUCCGCUGUCAGGUGGCCGCCGCGGAGCGGAGCGGAGGCCGCGCCGGGCGCGGGGCUGCGGGGAGCGGCCGCGCCGGCCCCGGGGCCAUGGGUGAGUGGUGGGGCGGGCGCGGGGCCGCGCGGCGGCUGCCGCGCGAAGGGGAUGGGCGGCCCGGCGCUACCGGCGGCCCUCAGCCCGCGCGGUGCGGCCCCGCGGCAACGCCGCUCGGUGGGGCCGGCACGGGGCACGGCGCGUGGGCACGGUGGCUCCGGCCCCGCUGAGAGGCGGGCGGGGGUUGCGCGGGCCGGGGGUCACAGCGCUGGGUUUGGGUCUGUCCCGCGGGCACGGGGCUGCCGGUGCGGGUGGGGCCGGCGGUGCGGGGCCGGGGGCUGCGUGAGGGGCCGCGCCGCGCGGUCAGUGCCGCUGUGUGCCGUCGGCUCUCGUGGGGGCUCCCCGGGCGCCGCAGCUCCGCGCUCCCGGCGUGCAGCUCCGCUCUGAGUACGGCCCGGGGGUCUCAGAGCCGCCUGAGCUCCGCGCCGUGGUUGUGCUCAGUGAUGCGGUGACCUUUUCUUGCCAUAGAAACCCUUUCUCGACCGGUUUCCAGCAGCUCUUGCAGCAAAACGUCCCUUAGCACCGCCUGUCCCCUGGCUGAGCUGCCGGUCCCAGCGAGAGCUCCGUGCGGCAGCGGUAGGCGGUGAACAAAAGCCAGAUCGCAGAAUCAUUAAGGUUGGAAAAGACCUCAGAGGUCAUCGGUGCUUCCAGGAGGGGCUGCGUUAAUCCUCGGGGCGUUACGGAAUGGUCUCCUCCUGAAGCCUCACAGAGGUGCCCUGUAGGAGCUUUGCUGCAGCCGUGGAAGGACAGCCCUGCAGGCUCUGCCUGAGCUGUGCUCAGCCUGCGGAGCUGUGCUCUGCAUUCAGAGGCUCAGUACUGCUCUGCAUUCCUGCACUGCUCUCAUUUGGACUGUGCCCGUGCCCGGGUGCUCUCCCGCUGGAAGCUCUGUGCCUGGCAUCACUUUCAGUGUGAAACAGCCCAGUUUGGUUAGCAACACGUGCUUUUUUUUUUUUCCUUAAUAACUUACACCAUCCAUCCGUGUACUUUCAUGCUGCAAACAAUAGUAAUGUUCAUGUGGUGGUUGGGUUUACCCGUGUGGGUGACGUCUGUGUUUCUCCCUAUCUCGCUGGGGCUGAUGAGUGGGGCAUUGUUAGCAGCAGCCACACCUCACUGUAAAAGUGUCAGCACGUGUGAGUCACGCGCUGAUGUGUGUGUGAGGAGAGUCCUGCUGCGCUGAUGGACGGGCUGUGCCAUGCACCUAGCAACGUCAGCUGUAAACGAAAAUAAUCCCCAGAGCAACACGCCUCUCCCCCUGUGCCCAGGACAUGGGGCUGCACAGGGAUGUGGCCGUGCUGCUGCGUGGAGGGGGUGAAGCUGGAAUCGGUGUUUGUGUAACCCAGCAGGGAACUCCCAGCGAUGAGUCCUUGGCGAGCCCUCGUGUUGAUGCAUCAGAAGGGUUUGGAGCAGCCCAGCCUGCUGCCAGCUCGUGGUCAUGGUGCUGGAAUCCUGCGCUUUGGAGCUCCCUGCUGGGGGCUGGGAAGGGAUUUCCUCUCCCUGAGUGGUUCCGCCCGUGGAUGUGGCGUUGUCAUUGCCGGGCAGUGGUGCGUCCCCAGCUCUGAGUGCUGUGGUUGGGGCACAGUGAGCCCAGCUCUGUGCCUCCCCCGGAGUUGACCUGGUGCAGGGGGAAGGAGCUCACAGGGCUCUGUGUUUCCAAGAAAUCAGUGAGUCAGGGCUGCUUUGUGCUCUGGAGAAGGCAGCUCUUCCUGGAAGGGCUCACGGCGCAGCACACGGUUUGGUUGUAGCGUUGGCUCUGAGUCACCCGGUGGACUUUUUCUUUAAUUAUUUGUAUUUCUAUUGCAGAACUGCUGAACUUCCAUAGCUUUUGGCGUUCUUUCCGGCUCUGUACCAAAUGUUGCGGUGUUGGACUCCCAGAAAACCCAAAGCUGUCCAGCAGACACCGCUGGGCUCUGUUAUCUGCCACCUCCCCAGCACUGUCCCCUCUCCUCUCUGUCACCCCAUUUCCUUCCCUGCAGAGAUCAGCUCCUCAGUAGGACUGCACCGUGGCCUUUGGCAUUCACUUAUCACCCCAGAAAUUGUAAGCACAGACAAACCCGCUUUGUGCCCCUGUGAGAUAAAGCAGCAGAAAGCACCGCUGAGGUUGUGUCAGCUGUUCCAGUUCCUUAACUAGUUUCUGUGGUGCUGAGUAAUCCUGUUCACACCCCAAAGGUACUAUUUUUUCCACUCCUGCUAUUAACGGAGGCGGCCGGACUGCAGGACCUGCCUGUUCCUUGCUCUGAGAUGCGCAGGGCAGCCUCCUCUAUUUGCUUUCCUUUGUUGCUGUGCUGGGCACUGGAACAUUGCGUGGCAGUUCAGGGAUUAGACAAUUUCCUUAAGCUACCUAAUUAAAAGACAUUAGAUCUGGGCCUCUAAAAUUAUUUGAUUAACGGUUCUAUUAAAGUCACGAUGCAGUAGGAUGCUCUAAACACACUUCUCCAGUAAGGUUUUGAUGCAGUGCGUGCUCUGCACCAGAAGUCAGCGAUGAAUUCCCAUGUUAGACUUGCAGCCUCAUUGUGUGAGCCCGCUGGUGUCACAGAUGGUGGAGCGGGGGUGGCACGGCUCAGUGUGAGCAGUUCCUGCACUGGGGGGGGUGUGGGGAACCACCGUGUGAGCAUCCAUGGUCCUGCUGGGAGGGAAACGAUCUCACUCUGGCUCUUUGGUGGAGUUUUGGAGCCCUCGACCUUCCAACCAGCCAGGCUUCUCCGAGGUGAGGACUCCUGUCUCCUGAGACGCUGGAAAACCUAGUUUGGGAGAAGAGUGAAGAUACAGUUGAUGCUGAACUACAGCCAAGGAUGAAGCGGCGAGCAUCAGACAGAGGAGCUGGGGAAACAUCCACUAAGGCAAAAGCUCUUUGUACGGGGAUCUCUGGAAAUAAUGCCAAGAGAGCGGGCCCCUUCAUACUGGGUCCACGUUUAGGUAACUCCCCUGUGCCAAGUAUUGUUCAGUGUUUGGCAAGGAAGGAUGGGACAGAUGACUUUUAUCAGCUAAAGAUUCUCACCUUAGAAGAAAGGGGCGACAAAGGAAUAGAAACACAGGAGGAACGACAGGGCAAGAUGCUGCUGCACACGGAGUAUUCUCUCCUUUCCCUGCUCCACAAUCAGGAAGGAGUGGUUCAUCACCACGGGCUCUUCCAGGACCGAGCUUGCGAAAUUAUAGAAGAUCUGGAAGCCAACAGAAUGGUCAGAAAAAUGAAGAAGCGCAUUUGCCUUGUGUUAGACUGUCUCUGUGCUCAUGAUUUCAGUGACAAAACAGCAGACCUGAUCAAUCUGCAGCAUUAUGUCAUUAAGGAGAAGAGGCUCAGUGAGCGAGAGACGGUUGUGAUAUUUUAUGAUGUGGUACGAGUGGUGGAAGCAUUACAUAAGAAAAAUAUUGUGCACAGAGACUUGAAACUAGGAAACAUGGUGCUAAACAAAAGGACUCAUCGGAUAACCAUAACCAACUUCUGCCUGGGGAAGCACCUAGUGAGUGAGGAUGACCUUCUGAAGGACCAGCGGGGGAGCCCUGCCUACAUCAGCCCCGAUGUGCUCAGCGGUCGGCCGUACCGUGGCAAACCCAGCGACAUGUGGGCGCUGGGCGUCGUGCUCUUCACCAUGCUCUAUGGCCAGUUCCCCUUCUACGACAGCAUACCUCAGGAGCUCUUCCGCAAAAUCAAGGCUGCCGAGUACACCAUCCCUGAGGAUGGUCGGGUCUCAGAGAACACUGUGUGCUUGAUCCGAAAACUGCUCGUCUUGGAUCCGCAGCAGCGCCUGACAGCUUCUGAAGUGCUGGAUUCUCUCAGCUCCAUCAUCGCAUCGUGGCAGUCCAUGUCAUUGCUGAGUGGCCCUUUGCAGGUGGUGCCGGACAUUGACGACCAGGUGGCCAACCCUGAACACCCACAGGAGGCAAAGGUGACGGAGGAGUGCUCGCAGUACGAGUUCGAGAACUACAUGAGGCAGCAGCUGCUGCUGGCCGAGGAGAAGAACACUUUGCACGAGGCCAAGAGCUUCCUGCAGAAGCGGCAGUUUGGGAACAUCCCCCCCGUGCGCCGCCUGGGCCACGACGCGCAGCCCAUGAACCCUCUGGACGCGGCCAUCCUGGCCCAGCGCUACCUGCGGAAGUAACCUCCACACCUCCGGGAGCAGAGCAGCCCCUCAGCCCGCUCCCCCACUGCAGCCCAGCAGCAAUACCGGUGUCCCACGGCGGAGGAUCAUGUAGCAGUUCUGAGCUCUGCUCGGGGGACCCCCUCUGGAGGGAGAAGACUUUUCACAAAGCUCCUUUUGGAAGCAGCGGCCCCUCGGCGCCUUCUGGAAUCUCUGUUUUUAAAUCGAAGCCUAGGUGACUAAUCUGCUCCUAAUCACGACUGUAAUCUACCUCUCUUGUCUUUUUAACCGUGCUGUUCUCUGGACCGAGCAAAGCCCGUGGGGAAAGGAGACUCCCAGGGCGAAGCUGGCUUUGCUGGCACGAGAGUUGCGGCUGUGUAGCAUGGAGAGUCGGCCGAUUGCAUUCGCUCCAUAUGGUUUGAAUAAGCUUAGAUUUAUCCGGGUUUCUUGAAAGUAAGAAUUUCCUGAAGCCUCCCCACUUCCCCCCCCCCCCGUCUGCAUCGAAUCUUUCUCUGUUCUCACCAUGCCCCCCCCCCCCCCUCUCCCCGGUGUGGCUGCGCUGCUCUGGGUGCCGUUGUGUGGGGGGAGGACCGGCAGCCCCCCAUCGCCCAGCAGUCCCUCCCCAGCAGCCGUCACCCCCUGGCACAGGGAUGGGAGUUGGCGCUGCAGGCCGUGGCUGUGCAGACCCCUCCAUACCCCUGGUCGAUGGGGGGCUGUGCAGCACUCGGCCCCGCGUGGCCUUCAGCCCCUCUCCCACCUUCCCCAACCCUUUUAGUUUGGUUAAGAAUACACGAUUUAAUCUCUAUGGGGUUUUUUUUUUUUUUUCAGUAGCUUAUCUGAGGUGCAGUUCAAGUCGCAUUAAUUCUGACCUGGCCUUUUCCCACUUCACUUGUGGUACAGAUCUAAUAUAUGGGUUAUAAUGUGAACGAGCUGCCCCCCAUCGUCCACCCGAGCUCUGUGCUCCAGUGGGGUGAGCAGCAGCUCAGGUGUAGCAUUGCCUUCUCUUGCCCCUCGUGGGGCUGCUGCCUGCUCAUGGCUGGAGCAGCAGGCGUUGCUCCCCUCGCCGCAGCCCCCAGCUGAGCCAGUAGCUUCCAGCCUUCGCCUUAUUUAUUGAGCUGACGGAUCUGUCCCCCCCAGCCCCCCCCAGCCCUCCCCAUCUCUUUUCUCUUCCAUUUCCCAAACUCAAAGCAAUACUCCGGGCGCUGUGCUGUGCUGUGAUACGGAGUGCCAUCGCCGGGGGAUCGCAGCUGUGCUACAGUGAACUGGAACUGGGGGGGGGGGGGCACACGAGCGGUGCGCCGGGGAGCGGUGCGUGGCACACUGUAGGGAGGGUUCCUAUUGUAAGGAAAAGGAGAAAAAAAAAGAGAGAGAAACAAGAAAAGAAAAAAAAAACAAACCACGUUUGUAUAAAGAUGUUAUUUUUGUACUACAUCCAACCUCCUCCUGCAUGUCGGCAAUAAAAGUUGGUACUGAGA